AUGGUUGGUGGUGCUGAAACCUCGUAGCUCAUGGUUGUAGCUGCAGCAGUUGAUGAAUACUUUACCAGCUCGGUUGUGGAACCGGUGUAUAACCGGUAGUACUGCAAGCUUGCUGAAAGCAUAUCAGCAGAACUGGAUAGUGUUUUGUUAAGCAGUAAACCCGAAAAGGGAUGGGAUCCGGCACAGAGGGUACCCCGGUGGCAGCCGGGGUUCCCAGUACACAGUUCACAUGGGAAGAGGUUCAGCGGCACUGUGGCCGGGAAGAUAAGUGGAUUGUGAUCGGUAGGAAAGUGUACGACAUCAGCCAGUUUUGUAAACGGCACCCCGGGGGUAUGCGGGUAAUUGGCCACUAUGCAGGUCAGGACGCUACGGACCCUUUUAAUGCAUUUCACAUUGAUAAGAAAUUGGUGCAAAAGUAUAUGACUACACUGCUGAUUGGAGAGUUGGCAGCAGACCAGCCGUGCUUUGAACCUGAUAAAAAUAAAUCUGCAGUUGAAGAUUUCCGUGAGUUGCGUGCAGUAGUUGAGCAUAUGGGCCUUAUGAAGCCAAAUCGAGUGUUUUUCUUUGGGAUGCUGUUUCACAUUCUCUUAGUGGAUGUGGCUGCCUGGUUGAUCAUGUGGUAUUUUGGCACAUCCCUUUUACCAUUCCUGACUACAACAGUUCUGUUGUGCACAGUUCAGGCUCAGGCUGGCUGGCUACAGCAUGAUUUUGGACAUCUUUCAGUCUUCAGCAAAUCAAAAUGGAACCACCUAGCACACAAAUUUGUGAUUGGAUUUUUGAAGGGAGCUCCAGCUUGCUGGUGGAACCAUCUACAUUUCCAGCACCAUGCAAAACCGAACUGCUACCGGAAGGAUCCUGAUAUCAGCAUGCACCCUUUGUUAUUUGCUCUGGGAAAGACACUCUCUGUUGAGUUGGGAGAGCAGAAGAAAAAAUAUAUGCCAUACAACCACCAGCACAAGUAUUUCUUUUUACUUGGGCCACCAGCCUUACUCCCUCUAUAUUUCCAGUGGUAUAUUUUCUACUUCACAGUCAAGCGUAAACAGUGGGUGGACUUGGCAUGGAUGAUCACCUACUACAUUCGAAUAGCCUUCACUUAUAUUCCCUUUCUAGGAGUUAAAUGGUUCCUUAUAAUGUUUUUCCUAAUAAGGUUUUUGGAAAGUAACUGGUUUGUAUGGGUUACACAGAUGAAUCAUAUUCCUAUGGAGAUUGACCGUGAUAAGAACAAGGACUGGCUAACAAUGCAGCUUGCUGCCACGUGUAAUGUUGACCAGUCCCUCUUUAAUGAUUGGUUCACUGGACAUUUGAACUUUCAGAUAGAACAUCAUCUGUUCCCAACGAUGCCAAGGCACAACUAUGAGAAAGCUGCUCCAUUAGUGAAAUCUUUGUGUGCCAAACAUGGUGUACAGUACUUGAGCAAACCGCUGCUAACUGCUUUUGCAGACAUUGUGUACUCUCUUAGAGAGUCAGGUGAGCUUUGGUUAGAUGCCUAUCUUCACAAGUGACAAGCCCUAUACUGAAAAUUUCCAGAAUGUUACGUCGGCCUUAAUCUGCAAGACUUCACUCUGCUUCACUGGCCUUAUACUUCCAGUUUUCUUUCCAAGAGGGUGUGAAACACAGAAAUCUGCUUUAAAAAGAGACUCCAUUUUCCUGGAAUAGGUCCCAGAAUACUAGUCCAUUGUUUAUAAUAGCAGAGCAAGAUGGGGACCAGCUGUUUUAUAUGAAUAAAAAAUGAUUUGAAUGUUAGUAAAAUCUUUAUAAUGAACUGUGAUUUUAGGUUAGAUUUUUUUGGAAGCAAGGAGGCACUGCUAAUAUCCUCUCUUCUAAUGCUCAUCUUAUGCCGUAAGUCAUCCUCUGUUGUGAUUUAUUGACUUAUUUAAUUACUGGAACAGUAUUUUUGUAAGCAGUUUUAAUACAAGAUCAAAGAUUUACAUGUCUAACUUUAAGUUGCAUCUACCCAACAGAAGGUACGUCAUCAGUAGGAGUAACCAUUUACACAAGGUGCAGUGACAAAAGUCAUAUAUAUAUAUAUAUAUAUAUAUAUAUAUAUAUAUAUAUAUAUAUAUAUAUAUAUAUAUAUCAUUGUCGAGUUAUUAAUAAGUCAAGUAAUGCCUUACUAGUAAGCAUUUUUGAAAACCAUUUUCACAGGCAUUUUUUGUACUUAGUCAUGUUCUAUUGAUUUCUUUAUAGAAAUAAUAUAUAUGUUUAUGUUUUA